AUGGCUUCUGGUGUGGCCAUCUCUGAUGGUGUCAUCAAGGUGUUUACUGACUUGAAGGUGGGCAAAUCUUCCACACCAGAGGAGGUGAAGCAGCACAGGAAAGUGGUGUUGCUCUUCUGCCUGACAGAGGACGAGACGAACACCACCCUGGAGGAGGGCGAGGAGACCCUGGUGGAUGACGUGUGCUGGACCACUGACCACCCCUAUGCCACCUUUGCCAAGAUGCUGCAGACAAAGACUGCUGCUGCGCCCUCAGAGGUGAUGCAACCUGAGACCCAGGAGAGCAAGGAGGACCUGGCGUUUAUCUUCUGGGCCCCUGAAUCUGCACCCCUUAAGGGCAAAAUGGCCUAUGCCAGCUCUAAGGAUGACAUAAAAAAAAAGGUGAAAGGGAUCAAGCACGAACAAGGGAACUGCUACCAGGAGGUCAAGGACGGUGGCAACUGGCAGAGAAGCUGGGAGCAGUGCCGUCAUCUCCCUGGAGGACACGCCUUUGUGAGUACCCUCCAGCCCCAGGCCUGA